UUCAGGUCAGAGAGAGAGCAGCCGUUCAUUCACGGCGCACUGGAUUCAAGUAACACUCGCCCCUGGCAGCUGAAGAUGCUGUUACUAUGGAAACAGUUUUUGCUGCUAUCAAUCAUGGAAUAUCUUGCAGAGUGUGUGGAUUAUAAGUCUUUCAAUGGACCGAAGUGGCGAAUGGAGCCCAGUGAUCUGACAGUGGGCUCACUGGAGGAAGAGGCUACGCUGACCUGUGACGCAAAGGGCAUUCCUUCCCCUCAGUACAGGUGGUCUCUGAACGGCACAUUGAUUAAUCUCAGCACCGAUUCCCGUCGGCGGCUAUCUGGAGGAAAUUUGGUCAUUAGGAGUCUGGACCGUGCCCAGGAUGGAGGAAUAUACCAGUGCACUGCCUUCAACCCACAGGGAGCAAUUCUUAGCAGAAGAGCGAGCCUCCAGUUUGCAUACUUACAUUUAAAAACUCAAACGAGAAGUGCUGUCUCUGUGCGAGAAGGCCAGGGGGUAGUUUUACUUUGUGGUACACCAUCAUAUGCAGGAGAUCUCUCAUUUGCAUGGGUCUUUAACGAGUACCCUUACUUUGUUCAACAAGACAAUCGUCGCUUUGUCUCUCAGGAGACGGGAAACCUUUACAUCGCCAAAGUCGAGCCCUCAGAUGUGGGUAACUACACGUGCGUGGUGGUAAACCGCAUCACUAAAGGCAAAGUCCUCAGCUCCCCGACCCCUCUGGUACUACGAACUGAUGGCGUAAUGGGUGAAUAUGAGCCGAAAAUAGAGGUUCAUUUCUCUGACAUGGUUCCAGCCGCAAAGGGAUCUGUUGUGACACUGGAGUGUUUUGCUUUGGGGAACCCAGUUCCAGAGAUAACGUGGAGGAGAGCGAAUGGAGUGCCGUUUCCCAGCAAGGUGAAGAUGAAGAACUCAAAUGUAGUUCUGGAGAUUCCCAGUUUCCAGCAGGAGGACGCCGGAGGCUAUGAAUGUGUAGCUGAGAACAAGAUGGGAAAGAACACGGUGCAAGGACGACUGUCUUUCCAUGCAAAGCCACAGUGGGUUCAGACGAUGCGAGACAACGCUUUGUCAAUUGAAGAGAGAUUGUUUUGGGAGUGUAAGGCCAAUGGGAAGCCCAAGCCUUCAUACAGCUGGCUGAAGAAUGGAGCACUACUGGCAGCUGAGGACAGGAUCCAGAUAGAGAAUGGAGCCCUGACAAUCAGCUCCGUUAACCUCUCAGAUGCUGGCAUGUAUCAGUGUGUCGCCGAGAACAAACACGGAAUCAUUUAUUUCGGUGCUGAAUUGGUGGUUUUAGCCUCGCCCCCAGACUUUUCCAGAAGCCCUCUCAGAGCUCUGCUUAAAGCCAAGACGGGCAGCACAGUCACCAUGGAGUGCAGGCCGCAGGCCUUUCCCACAGCCAUCUGCAUGUGGAGGAAAGGCAUCGAACCGGUGCAGAGCACAGACAGGAUAACUUUACUCCCUGAUGGAACACUUAGAAUUACAAAUGUGACCAAGAUGGACGGGGGAAACUACGCUUGCUUGGCUAGAAACCAGUUUGGUACGGCCAGCACUACAGGAAGACUGCUGGUCACAGAUCCCACACAAAUCACCCAGGGUCCAGUGGACAUGGAGAUCAUUGUUGGGGAGAGCAUUGUACUGCCCUGCCAGAUCUCAUGUGACCCCGCUCUGGAUGUUUCAUUCUCCUGGGCCUUCAAUGGGCAGCUCCUCAAUAAACUGGACCAGCAUUAUGAGCAUGUGGGUGGGAGUACAUCAGGAGAUUUGAUGAUACGGAAUAUACAGCUGAAGCACGCCGGAAAGUAUGUCUGUGUGGUCGACACGGAUGUCGAGAGUUUAUCAGCUGUAGCUAUUUUAAUCGUGAAAGGUCCCCCAGGAGCUCCAGAUGGCGUAACAGUGGAGGAGAUCACUGACAGCACGGCUCAGCUUUCUUGGAGACCCGGCCAGGAUAACGGCAGCCCCAUCACAAGCUAUAUAAUCCAGGCCAAGACAGCUUUCACAGUGGGCUGGCAAGCAGUGAACACGGUCCCGGAGGUGAUUGAUGGGAACACCUUGACGGCAACGGUGGUGGAUCUGAACGCAUGGGUGGAGUAUGAGUUCAGAGUGCUGGCCAGAAACAGCGUCGGCGUGGGGGAACCGAGUCCCGCUUCUCUUAAAACUAAAACUGAAGAUGCAGUUCCUGACACGGCCCCCACCGAUGUCGGAGGUGGGGGUGGUUCCAAGUCAGAGUUAGUAAUAACAUGGGAGCCUGUGCCUGAAGACCUGCAAAACGGAGAUGGUUUCGGCUACAUCAUCGCUUUCCGGCCACUGGGGGAGGUCAACUGGACACACGCCGUCACCUCCAUACCAUCCCAGUCCCGUUACGUGUACCGGAACGAGAGCAUCCCACCCUUUUCUCCAUUUAGCGUCAAAGUGGGUGCCUACAACACCAAAGGCCAGGGACCGUUCAGCCCCGUUACCAUUGUGUUCUCGGCUGAGAAUGGUGAGACCGUCAAUCGCAUUACGAGCAGCGCACAAAAGCUUACCUUUUCACGAAAGAAUACAAUGACCAGCAAAACACCCGGGCAGCCGCCUUUGAACGUGGAGUGGAAUCUGAUUGGCUCUAAGCUCACUGUUCAUUGGGAGCCUGUCAUUUCUCUGGAGAUGGAGUCAGAUGUUACUGGUUAUCAGGUGUCCUACAGAAGGAACCGGCAUAAAGAAAUUAACACAAUAACAACAAAUCUGACCUCAGUGGAGCUCACGCUACCUGCAGACGAUGAUUACAUCAUUCAGAUACGAGCGCUGAGUGACGGAGGAGAAGGGAUACCAACCGAACCCAUCAACAUACAUAAACUUAGUAUGAGUGUACGAGGGUCCAGAGCCUGGCGACCCAACUCCAUCCCCGUCUCCUUGCUUUCUAUCAUCGUGUUAUCGACACUGCGACUGGCUUUGUGUUAACGGUCUGAAGGAUCGAACGUCCUCUGACCGGUUUGAUUGCCCACACACUUCCUCAUUAUGGAAUCAUUGGAAAGGUGCACCGAAACACUUUUGAAGAGAGAUUAUCGAUCUAUCUCUCCAUAGUUAUCUGAGGCAAUGCCCUGCGAGCCGUUCAAGGAGCGUAACGGGGAAAAGUCAGCGUCACGAUGGUCGGAUUUUGUGUGCAUGUGUUAUGAACUGUGUAUCAUUGUGUCCUUGCAAGUGAUUCAAGACCCUAACAAGGUUUCAACCGAAGGUUUUUGAAGCAUACCCGUGUACGAGGAGGGAUGAGUCAUGUUACUGCACUAAGAUUCCAUCUUCUCAUUGAUCCCUCAGAACAAAUGCCUUACUUCCAUGUACAUGCCAAAGUAGUUAACAUCCUUUUACUUCUUACUAAGCUACUGUUUGUUAAACUUGUGAUCGUUUUGUAAUGAUCCCAUCAUUAAUUGAAGGAUAAGUUCACCCAAAAAUUCAUUUACACACCCUCAUGUUGUUGUCAUGUGACUUUCAUUUUUCUG